GUCUCUUUAAAAAAUAAAUAAAUACUUAAAUUAUGUAAUUUCCACAAAUUAUAAUAUCACGGUGUGGUCAGGGAAACCCUAGCCACACGAGUUUCCUUUUUCUCCCUUUCUUACUAAAAGCCCCAAACCCCAAACUCGAAACCCUCGAUUCGGUUCUCCCAGAACGACAAUUACAAAAAGCAGCAGAGAAACUCUCCCAGAAGUUUCAAUUUUCUGAUUUCGGUGAGAGAAAAAGAGAGCGAAGAAAAGAUGUUUCCAGGAAUGUUUAUGAGGAAGCCUGAUAAGGCUGUGGCUCUGAAGCAGCUUAAGACCCACGUCCUCAUGUUCGGAUCAUGGGUCGCCGUCAUCCGAGUCACCCCUUACAUUCUUCACUACCUAUACGGAGAAAAAGAUGAGCUCACACUCGAACUUUAAAGUUCGUUCCCAAGGAGAGUGAGAGGAAUGGCUUUGCAUUGGAGAAUUUAGUGAAUUAUUUAUUUUCUUUCACCCAUUUUACAGCUAUUGGGAACAUUACAAGUCCAACAUUGUCAAAUGCCUGAGGUCAUUUUUCCUUGAGCAUUUGGAGGCGAAAACUGUUUCUGGGUCAACUUUGUGACUAGUAGAUUAGCUUUUGGAUUAAAAUAUAAGUUUGUUUCGAUCUUUGAUGCCAUAAAGAUUACUUGAUUGACCUAAAUGCGAAGAUAAAGUACUGUGUUUACUUGAUUGACCUAAAUGCACAGCUCUUCUUUUCAACUUGAAUGAACAAAUUUGGUUGUUUUAUUUGACACAUAAGUAAAGAACUGUGUAUUCCGUGUUUA